CUUGAAAUCAGACACUGUGCCGCCCACUGUAUUGUAUACGCGGUACACGCGGACAAGAUGCGCUCAACUUUGAUCCUCUCGACUCUCACCCUCGCCACAGCUACGGCUACAGCCACUUCGAAUACCGAUCUGGGGUAUCUCCGCUGUGCGUCCUCCAUAGCCCAGUCCUACCACAGCCCCCAAUGCUCCUCCUCGUCCUCCCCCUCCGCCCUGGAUUGCUUCUGCAACGCCCCGUUCGACCCCUCGGCACUGGACCCGGCGACACUGGACGAGUGCGCCAGUGAGGGUGUGGCAACCGAGAAUAUCCCCGCGUAUAUCUGCGAUGACGCCAACGUUCCCGUCUCGCCUCGGAAGGGCAGUGUGCCUAUGAUGAGGGUUGCGGAUGCGGAUGUGGAGGGGGAGGGGGAUGCUGAGGCCAGUAGUGCUUCUGGUGGCAGUGGUGCAGCGCCGCAGAGAGGCAGUUUGCCCAUGGUCCGGGUGGGGAGCGGUGAUGUGGAGACCGGGGGUGCAGGUGUGAGCGUGAGCGUACCCAGCCCGAGUGCGAGUGCGAGUGCUGCUGCCAGUGCUGCUGCCAGUAUCGGUGGUGCAUCUGCAUCGCAUCGGGGCAGCCAGCCCAUGGUGCGCGUGGGAGAUCUGGGGGCGAGUCGUUCUGCAGCUACAGCAGCCGCUACCGCUACAGCGUCAAGCACGCUGGCUACGCCUAGCGCUGGGGCCCCGGCGGCCCCGCGACGCGCGAGUCGGCCGAUGGUGCGGCUGGGCGACGAUACCGCAAACCGGCCUUUGGCACCGGCCGGAGACGGAAGAGGAAGAGUGAAUGCACGAGCCUACAGCCCCAACCUGCACCCGGACAACGGCCCCCUGCUUCUGCCGGAGGAGGUCCUCCCGCUGCCUUCCUCCUAUGAUGACUCCGUGCUCGGCUCUGCUGCAGCUGCACCAGCUGCAGGAGCAGGCCAAGCAGCGCAGGAAGAGAAGAACGUCCCCCUCCCGCUGGAAUCGGUGGUCCUCCCGGAUGCGAAUGCGAAUGCGAAUCCGGAUGCUGCGGUUGCGGUUGCGGUGGCUCCCAGCCCUAAUCCCCCGAUGCAUACCCAGAUGGAAACUCAAUCCCAACCCCAACCCCAACCCGCAGAGUAUCAAGCUCCACAGCAGCAACAACAACAACAACAAGAACCCCUCCCCUCAGAGCUAACACCCUCCGCUUAUUCCACCGCCACAGGUGCCGCAGGUGCCGCAGAUGGCACCCCCGCCAGCGCAACAGCGGUACAGGCAGCAGCAGCAGCAGCAGCAGCAGCAGCAGCAGCAGCGACAGCAACCUUCCAAACCAGCGCCGCAUCACCCCAGCCCUUCCCCUCCUCCUAUUCAACCUCAAAGCCAGCCCCACCAAGCCAGCCCAGCGCAAGCGCCAUCCCCAUCCCAACAAUCACCUCCUCGUCCGUGAAGCUCGUGACCGUCAACCCGACUGCUACCGCUACCGCUACGGCCACGGAUGUACGGGGUCCUGCUGCGGCUGGUUCUGCGGGGAAGCAACCCGCAGGAGGCGAUCCGAAUGCGGGGUUGUUUCAGGGGGGUGCGGGGAGAUUACGGGGGGGUGGUUGGGGGGUUGUGGGGGUUGUUGUUGGGGUGGUGCUUGUUCUGUGA